AUGCAAGAAUUUUCGCUGCCAUGCCGGUCAAGUCCUAGGGGGUUCAACCUGGCCAACUAAAGCAACUAAGGAAAAGUGCAUUUAGUCAGUGAGAAAGCAUAGGAAUUUGUGCGCAGCACUUCAUGAACAUAAAAAUGAGCAUGGCGCCAGUUCCAGUCAUACAAUUAAUUCGCUUAAAUACACCACGUGCUUCCCUCAUCACACUGGCCAACCGAUUGCGGCGCACAUUCGCAUUGGGUAAUCAGUCGCUGUCAUUGUCGCCGUCGUCGUCGCCCUUACAUGUCCGUUCGCUUACUACGGCUGCUGGGAUCCACACAAAUAAAGUGCAAGUUGCUAGCGCAGGCAAAAGAUGCUAUAGUAAUGCCAAAGAGCCGCCGACUGGAGCAGCGACAGAGACAGCGUCGCCAUUGCUCUCCAAACUCUUUCCACAAACUUCGCCCGAUGUCGACAGCACUGCCGAACAGGAGCGUAAGAAGCGUGAGGAGGAUGAGGCUAAGGAGAAUGAACGCGCGUGGAAGCGCAUGAAACUGGGUUUUGCCAUUUUUGGCGGCGGCGGCAUUGCCACUGUACUGUGGGGCGUCUAUAAAUUUGGACAGCCCGAAGUGGAUUCUGAGGGUCAGAUCAUUGAGGAUGAGUUCAUAGACAAGCCGCUGGUGCAGCAGUAUUUACAGCGCAUGUGGAAAUCGUUGCACUAUUAUCAAAAGAUGAUUCAGGAACCGUCGCGUGCGAAGCUCUUGCCAGAUCCGCUAAAGUAUCCGUAUGUGCAGCCGCGCUAUACGCUCGUGCUGGAGAUGAAGGAUGUGCUGGUACAUCCAGAUUGGACAUAUAAGACUGGAUGGCGCUUCAAGAAGCGUCCCGGCGUCGAUAGUUUCUUGCAGGAGUGCGCCAAAGACUUUGAGAUAGUCGUUUUCACUGCCGAACAGGGUAUGACAGUAUUUCCGAUAUUGGAUGCCCUGGAUCCGAAUGGCUACAUUAUGUACCGUCUGGUGCGCGAUGCAACUCAUUUCAUCGAUGGGCAUCAUGUCAAAAAUCUGGACAAUUUAAAUCGUGACCUGAAACGCGUGAUUGUUGUUGACUGGGAUAGAAAUGCCACCCAAAUGCAUCCCGACAAUACUUUUGGCAUUGCGCGCUGGGAUGGAAAUGACGAUGAUUCCCAACUAUUUGAUUUGAUAGCCUUUCUGAAGAUCAUUGCGCAAAAUGAGGUGGACGAUGUGCGAGAAGUACUACAUUAUUAUCGUCAGUUUGCGGAUCCAAUUAGUCAGUUCAGGGAAAAUCAGCGUAAGCUGGCAGAACAGAUGCAGGAGGCUGAGCGCAUCGAACAGUCGAAGACUAAGCCGAUUGUCAAACAGUGGUCACGCAGCAUUCUGGGCCGCUAACUGAUGUUCCAUUGAUGCACCUAUUUCCGUCGCUGAUCGCACCACGCUAACCCACACAAGAGCCAUAGUCUUCAUUUCUAAAGCAGCUUUACCCAGUUACAAACUACAUAUACAUACACCCAAAAUCCCA